UUUUACAGCGGGGCAGGGACACCGACGGUGGUUUGUGUCGCCCCGAGAUAGCGAGCGCUGGGAGCAUGAGGAACCCGGGGCGAUAUGUUAUCAGUAAGGGACCUAUACAGGCUGCUGGGCAUCCCCAGAGAUAACUUUGAGAAGGUGGAGAAAAAUGCCAUGGAAUGUGGUGAAGGGACGAAUGGAGAAGGGAAUUCAAUUAGUCUCUCCUCCAUUCAGGACGAUGGAAUCGAGUUGGAUGCACACAUGGCAGACCAGGAAAGAGCGAAGAAGAAAGCAGAAAGGCGAAGAGCCAAAAAAAAGCGUCAGAAAGAGAGAAGAAAACGGGAGAAAGGAAGAAGCGAUGAAGAGAACAAACCGGAAGAAGAAGACAGUGAUAGUAAUGAGGAGAUUGAAACAACUGUUAAAAUACAGAACAUUCCAGAAGGAGGAAAGGAGACCUCCGAAUGUCUGAACGUCUUUGAUAAUUCUUGCAGUAUACCAGGCCCAGUGAUGAUAGACGAGGAACCUGAAUGGGAUGUCAGCAGUGCUUUCGUUGCCAAUGCUGCCAGUCACAUUAGACCUAAGAGCAAAGGCAAAUCUGACAAGAAAUCAAAGGAAAAUAAGGAGAAUGAGACGAAAAGCAAUGAGCUCAGUGAUUUGGAUCCAUUAAUAUUGAAAAGCAGGCAACUGGCUGAGCAAGGGAUUGACCUGGUCAAACAAGGCUACUAUGCUGAGGCUGUCGAGCUCUUUACUGAGGCUGUCGAAUUUAAUCCCAAGGAUCACAGGUAUUUUGGAAAUCGAUCCUAUUGCUAUGACAGACUUCAGAAAUAUAACCUUGCACUCGAAGAUGCUGAAACCUCCAUCAGACUCGCUGCUGACUGGCCGAAAGGUUACUUCAGAAAGGGAAGAGCACUCGUUGGAAUAAAGAGGUACUCUGAGGCAGAAUCUGCUUUUGAACUGGUCCUGCAGCUGGAUAAAGAUUGUGAUGAUGCUGUUAAUGAGUUGUUCAAAGUUCGUAUGUUUAGACUGAUGAGCAUGGGUUUCACUCAGCAACAAAGCUUAAUGGCACUCCAGCAACAUCGAACUGUUGAAGCUGCACUAGACUCUCAUUUAGUGUUGAAUUUUCAGCGGCCAAAUUCUGUGACUUUAGAGAUGCCUGAGGAAGAGGACCAUUUAUAUUUGAUUGACUUUCCUGUGAAUGGGGAUCAAACUGAGUUACCUUGCGCGUCAUUGUGGGUUGGAAAUGUCACUGUUCAUGUCAAGGAGAAGCAGCUUAAAGAUCUGUUUGGAAUUUAUGGGGAGAUCGAAAGUAUCCGGGUCCUACACGAACGGUUCUGUGCGUUUGUCAACUUUAAGUGCCACUUGGCAGCUGCUAAAGCUUUGGAGGCCUUGCAGGGCAAGGAGAUUGAGAACACAAAGCUGCUGAUUAGAUACCCUGACAGAUAUCUGAAUAAACGAAGCUCCCCAUUGCCGAAACCCUCUGUCCCCAGUGCGAGUGUCACCUCAACCCCUAAGUGGGACCACAGCAGGUCAAGACGUCGAGGCCAGGUUGAUGGCGAUGAAUGCUACUUUUGGUGUACCACUGGCUGCCAUUUUGGAGAUAAAUGUCGCUACAAACACAUCCCUGAGCACAGAGGAGUUGACAAGAAACCCUGGCAGCACUGAAGGAGGCCCAAAUCUGCCCAGAGACCCAAAAAAAAACCCCAAAGUAUUGCGGAUGCACUAACUUUAGCACCACCUACCAUAUUUCAGGCUGAUCUGGCACCAUCAGCAUAUUCAUUACAUCCAGGGCUCUCUCUUUGGGAGGUGGACUUUGGAUUUUGCACUCCCUUAACUCUGCAGUUUGGAGCCAUUUUUCGAAACCAUCACCAGCUUGAAGCGCGUUGCGACAAUUUGUGUGAUAUUUGAAAGCUUUGUUUUGCUUGGAAAGUUCAGGGACAACAGCAUGGAGCUGGAGGAACACAGCAGGCUAGGCAGCAUCAGAGGUACGGGAAACUCGACGUUUCGGCUCGGGCCCUUCUUCAGUUCAGGGAGCAACUGCAGGACUCUCCUCGUGUUUCCUGUUUUUGAAGAUGUGAAGUAAUUUGUUGAAGCUCCUGGUCCUCACGCCUUCCUUGGCUCCUGAGUUGGUAUCUAAAGCCUGCAGGAAGAGGCUAAUUAUCCUCAUCCCGAACCUUGUGCACAACUCACUGAGAGUGCAGCUGAUUUGCGAUCUAACUCCAUCUACCCACCUUCACCAAUUUCCCUCCAUACCUUGGAUUAACGAGAAAAGAUCUAAAUCCCAGAUCUAAAUUUUACUAGCACAGGUUACUGUUUCCAGAAAAGAAUUCCAGCUUUCUACCACUCUGAUAGACUUCCUGAAAGGUUUCAUUCUCAAUUUUAGUGAGUCCCCCUGGUUCUGGACUCUCCAAUCAGCAAAAAUAGUUUUUUUUUCUGUAACUACCCUCUUGUUUUCCCUGAACACGGUCUGAUCAAGCCACCCUCUUUAACCUUUUAAAUUCCAGGGAGCACAGUCCUUAGUUCUGUCAGGUCUUCUCUGAGAAUCACAUGUGGUGUACAGCUUGCCCCUGCUGCUGGUGAUGAGAGAGAACUUAUAAUUGUGCAAGUGUCUCUUAGAGAGAUCAUCCUCCCCCCACUUCUCAGCACCUCCCCGCUCAUCAAGGUGGUCCAUGAGGACCUCUCUUGUCUCACCAGCUGUUAAGCUGGCCAAUUAAUAGCCGAUCAGAGCUCAGCUCACCACCGGUUAAUUACCUACCUUCCCAUGAGGCGGCUGUAGUGACUGGAUGGCCCUAGGAAACCUGAUGUCCAUUUACCCAAAGCUGGGGCUAAUCCAAGGGCAGGAUGGAGACAGUGGGCUGGUCACCAGGUUCCCCGUCCUUGUCUCUAACUCCCCAGUUCUUUUCCUCCUGAUUGGGUCCCUUGAAGAUUAGCCUUCCAUGGUGGUCUCUCAAACUCAGAAACUGCUUCCAGUUGAGAAGCUCUUAGUUAACUGAUUGAAGUUUGAUCUAGAUAGUGGGGCUAUUUCCCACUGAUUGCACCUAUCACCCAUACUUGGGCAUUGGAGGAAUACAUGUUGCCUUAGGAUAAUCAUUCGAAUAAGUCUAUGCUGCACAAUACUAAGACCUGUGUAUCCUUCCUAACUGUGGUUCCUAGAACUGGACACAGUAUGGUGUGUGUGCCUCCUGCCUUUAAUCCUCUGGAUUGAGGAAAUUUGAGGCAAUGAACUGAAACAUCUUGGAAGAAUAUUUCCAGACCAGCACCAAUCCAAGAGCACAGUUAUAUAGAUAAUGUACAUGAAGUAAAGUCGAAUCUCUUUUGUUGAUGUGAAGAAGUUUCUCAAGAUGAUUCGACACAUUUUUUAAAAAAUUUUCUUUUGGUUUUUUUUAUUUAUUCAUUUUGUGAAGUGGGUAUCUCCAGCUAGAUCAGCAUUUACUGUCCAUCCAUAAUUGCCCAGAGAGCAGUUAAGAGUCAGCCACAUUGCUGUGGAUCUGGAAUCACUUAUGGGCCCCUAUCAGGUAAAAACAACAGAUAUAGUAGGAACUGCAGAUGCUGGAGAAUCUGAGAUAACAAGGUGU